CAGGGGGGGCACUACUUUUCCAAAGAGGUACCGUGCACCAACUCCUGAACAGCUUGCCAGUUUUACCUAUCCGCACACAGCAGGGGAUCUUCGAUCUAAACGGCAACCAUGGACAACCAUUCGUACAACUUCCCCUCGGACUGCACCCCGCUGACCAACAGUAAAUCUGCCCGAAAGCCAGCUGCUUCCACCGUGGUGAACAUGGGCAACGCUGGCAAGUGUCCUCCCAAGGACUAUCUAGUCUGGUCGCUGUGCAACACCUUGUACGUUAACUUCUGCUGCCUGGGAUUCAUGGCUCUCAUCUACUCCAUCAAGGCCAGGGACCAGAAGACUCAGGGCAACCUGCAGAUGGCCCAGGAGUGCUCGGACAAGGCCAAGUGGUACAACAUCCUGGCGGCCGGCUGGAACAUGCUGAUCCCUCUGCUGGCCGUGGUGCUGCUCGUGCUCCUGCUGAUCCACCUGAGCACCUCCCAGGGCUCCUUCGACUUCUUCGGAGAGGACGGCUUCCAACACUUCAUGAAACUGUUCAGCUGGUAGAUGGAGGCAAAGGGAGGGAAAUAAAGAAUACAAAAUACAAACACGGAUCAGUCUUAAAGUCAACACAUUCACACUCACCGGAAGAGGGUAUUUUGAUUAGUUUCAGCAGAUGAUGGCUGACAUAAUAGCUCCACAUAUUUGUUGACUAUCUGAGCUAAGUUAUAAAGGAAGUCUUAAAGGAAACUUGAGCUGGCUAAGAUCAAUCCCACACUUAAGUAUUUUUAACAAGGAUUUUCUCUUUGAGAUGCACAAGUACAAAUGCUGGUAUUACAAAUCCUGGCCCUUCCACCAGUAUGAGAUUCACAUAACACAAUGGACAAAACAUAACACUUUUGAACCAGUGACUUAAAAUGACCAAUACUAGUUUAAGUCAGCAACACAUUGAUUUGAUACUUAUUCGAAUAUGUAUUGUGAGUGCUGUAUUGGUGCAUCCCUAACAGUAUUAAAGUUAUUUUAGCUUACACGAGCCAAUCUCCCAGACACGGUCAGUAGAAAUGAGAAAAGUUGAUCAAAGACGGAACAACCUGCAAUGGGAACAAACAGAGUUCAGAACGUCUGAGUGAUUGAGCAAUAAGGGUCAUUUUCGGUGUUAUUUAUUGUAUUUAUGUUGAAAGGAAAUUUGAUGACUGCUUAAAUGAUAUCUUGUCCGGGAAAGAGGAGAGAGAGCAGAAGACUGUGGAGACUGUGGCUAAGUGUCUUGAGGUAGAAAAGGCACUUGACAAAGGACAGUCAACAUUCACCUCCCAAUGAUAGUCAUUAUUAUCCUUAUUUUUCAGCUUUUUUUUGCAUUUCAUUACUGUUACAAAAUCCAUGUUUUUGGACAUUAUUCAUAUAUUUGUAUUUUGUUGUGUUAAGUAUUUUAACCUUACACCAUGUUAUUGCUGAUAUCUUCAGUAAAUAAAACAGAUACUGUUAACUCAGUAUUGUAUUUAAAACUAUA